AUUGCGCCGGAAACGCCUUCCGACAGUUAGCCCAUCGGUAGGCGUUCUCGAUUUGUCUGCUUUAACCUUCACAGUUCGCGCCCGUUUAGCAUACUGCGCUUUGUUCGACGAGUGUGAGCGUGUCCGUCGUAAUUGAAUGGUGCGUUCGCGAAGCUCAGCAAUGACGGAUAGAGAAAUCGUGUCUACCAGCGUGUCGGCGAUCGAGGCGAAAAUCAUCAAGCAGGUGGAGUACUAUUUUGGCGAUUUCAACUUGUCUCGCGAUAAGUUCCUGCAGGGCAAGAUCAAGCUGGACGACGGCUGGGUGGCGAUUAAAGUCCUGCUGGCAUUCAACAGGCUCAAGCGCCUCGCCUAUGAGGAAAACGUCGUGGUUCAGGCACUUAGGAAAUCUACCAGCCAGCUCUUGGAGAUCAACGACGACGGAACCAAAGUUCGUCGCAGUCCCUCCAAGCCGGUGCCCGAAAGCAGCGAGGAACUCAAAAAGGAGUUGGACGAACGGAGUGUAUUCGUCAGGGGCUUUCCGCCCACCGCCACCAUCGAUGAUCUGCUGGAAUUUUUCGGCCAGUUUGGUCACUGCGUCAGCGUCUUCAUGAGGCGCUACCGCAAGACGCGUGCGUUCAGAGGCUCCGUGUUUGCCACCUUCUCGACGAAAGAAGAAGCCAACGCGUUCCUGGCGCAGGAGAGCGUCAAGUUCGACGACCAGGAGCUGCCGCGGUUCAUCAAGCAAGGACGCCAAGCAAGGCAGGACGAGAAGGCCAAGAACAAGGCCGCCGAGGUGGAAGCUGAAGGCGGCUACCCUGAGGAACCGGACAUCGUGCUCGGUUGCCUGCUGCGCAUCAAAGGACUCGGCGCGGAGACCACGUGGGACAGCCUGAGGCAAGCCAUAGAGCCGUUCGCUGAAGUUGCUUUCGUAGAUUAUCCGAGGGGCCAAUCCGAAGCGGUGCUCCGUUUCGUCAAGGAAGGCUCAGCGCAAGCCGUCUUGGCCAAGCUAGACGCUCAGGGCGAAGGCCUGAACAUCGAUGGUAACAACGUCACAGCCGACGCCCUCGAAGGAGACGAGGAAGUCGAGUACUGGAAGAAAGUGGCGGCGGCCAAGCUAGACAAGAGGAACCGCUUCAACAGGCGGCGUCGAGGUCGCGCCCAGGACGGCAAAAGGCGUGACCGGUGCAAGAAGCGUGCCGCGGAAGAGGAUGUUGAUUAAAAUAAAUACAUCUGUUGAUCCAAA